GGUGUCCUGACUAGAAAGCGGGGCGGGGACCAGAGACCCGCAUUGUGGCAGCGCCUGGAGGUUCUCUAGGAAGUUAACGACCCUUCCAGGUCUCGGCUGCACACCAUGACCGCCUCCCUUGGGCAGCUGGGAGAAACUGGUCGCGGAGAGAGCGCAGAGACUGAGGGUCCUGGCGAGCCCAAGGAGCCGCGUCCAUGCGGGACCCCGCGUCCCCGGCCGGGGCAGCUGCCUCCGACCGAGCCGGGCAAGGGGACUCUCCCUCGUGGCCCUCCUACUCCUGUCAACUUUCCCGACCCCGGGGCCGGAGGAGUGCGCCUCUCCCAGCGGGGGCGCGCGCGGCACUUAAAGGCGGUUCCGCGGGGCCGGUGCGCGUCAGUCGGAGCGCGGCGGCGGCGAGGUCGGAGGAGAGGCAUGGAGCCGCAGCGGGUUUGCUGAGCACCGGAGCGCGGGCAGCCGGCGGCACGAUGCCAGUGCAGCUGACAACAGCCCUGCGCGUAGUGGGCACCAGCCUGUUUGCUCUGGCAGUGCUGGGUGGCAUCCUAGCAGCCUACGUGACAGGCUACCAGUUCAUCCACACAGAGAAGCACUACCUGUCCUUCGGCUUGUACGGUGCUAUCCUGGGCCUGCACCUGCUCAUCCAGAGCCUGUUUGCCUUCCUGGAGCACCGGCGCAUGCGGCGGACUGGGCGUCCACUGAAGCUGCCGUCCUCACGGCGUUGCACCGUGGCCCUCUGCAUCGCCGCCUACCAGGAGGAUCCUGACUACUUGCGCAAGUGCCUGCGCUCAGCCCAGCGCAUUGCCUUCCCUGACCUCAAGGUGGUCAUGGUGGUGGACGGCAACCGCCAGGAGGAUGCCUACAUGCUGGACAUUUUCCAUGAGGUGCUGGGUGGCACAGAGCAAGCUGGCUUUUUUGUGUGGCGCAGCAACUUCCAUGAGGCUGGUGAGGGCGAGACGGAAGACAGCCUGCGGGAGGGCAUAGAGCGAGUGCGGGCUGUAGUGCGGACGAGCACCUUCUCCUGCAUCAUGCAGAAGUGGGGAGGCAAGCGUGAGGUCAUGUACACAGCCUUCAAGGCCCUUGGCGACUCGGUGGACUACAUCCAGGUGUGCGAUUCUGACACUGUGCUAGACCCAGCCUGUACCUUUGAGAUGCUGAGAGUCCUGGAGGAAGACCCCCAAGUAGGGGGAGUCGGGGGAGAUGUCCAAAUCCUCAACAAAUACGAUUCAUGGAUCUCAUUCCUAAGCAGUGUGCGGUACUGGAUGGCCUUCAACGUGGAACGCGCCUGCCAGUCCUACUUUGGCUGUGUGCAGUGUAUCAGCGGGCCCUUGGGGAUGUAUCGCAACAGUCUCCUCCAGCAAUUCUUGGAGGACUGGUACCAUCAGAAGUUCCUAGGCAGCAAGUGCAGCUUUGGGGAUGAUAGGCACCUCACCAACCGAGUCCUGAGUCUUGGUUACCGAACUAAGUACACAGCCCGCUCCAAGUGCCUCACAGAGACACCCACCAAAUACCUCCGGUGGCUCAACCAGCAGACCCGCUGGAGCAAGUCUUACUUCCGUGAGUGGCUCUACAACUCCCUGUGGUUCCAUAAGCACCACCUCUGGAUGACCUAUGAAUCAGUGGUCACAGGCUUCUUCCCCUUCUUCCUCAUUGCCACAGUCAUACAGCUCUUUUACCGUGGUCGUAUUUGGAACAUUCUCCUCUUCCUGCUGACUGUGCAGCUGGUGGGCAUUAUCAAGGCUACCUACGCCUGCUUUCUUCGGGGCAAUGCAGAGAUGAUCUUCAUGUCUCUCUACUCCCUUCUCUAUAUGUCCAGCCUCCUGCCUGCAAAGAUCUUUGCCAUUGCUACCAUCAACAAGUCUGGCUGGGGAACUUCUGGACGAAAAACCAUUGUGGUUAACUUCAUUGGCCUGAUUCCUGUAUCUAUCUGGGUGGCAGUUCUUCUGGGGGGACUGGCCUACACGGCUUACUGCCAGGAUCUGUUCAGUGAGACAGAGUUAGCCUUCCUUGUCUCUGGGGCCAUCCUCUAUGGCUGCUACUGGGUAGCCCUCCUCAUGCUGUACCUGGCCAUCAUUGCCCGGCGAUGUGGGAAGAAGCCAGAACAGUACAGCUUGGCCUUUGCUGAGGUGUGAUACAGCCACCCCCAAGUAGAGUGGGAAAAGUGCAAUGGGUAAGGGAGGGAAAGGGGCUGGAAGAGAUGGGGGGAAGGGAGGAGGGAGUGCUGUGUUUUAGUUUCUUAGUGGUCCAAAGGACAACUCUGAAUUGCAAAAAAACAAAAACACUGGUCUGGUCUGAGCAGCCGUGCUUCAAAAAGCAACACCCUGCUCAGGCUCAGGACCAAGUGGUCAUAUAUUUAUAUUUAGGGGCUGCCUGUGUGCUUGCCUCUGCACACAGGCAGUGGCCUCUGGGAGAGAUUCCACCCCAGUGGGACUUACAGGGAUAUAGAAGUGUGCUAAAACAAAUGCCAUUCAGUGGCCACUUGUAAUGGUUAAGUGAGCAAUGACAUCCUUUGGAACAGGCUCUUCUAUCCCAUCUGAA